AUGGAUCAGUUGGCAGAUGAGCUUUUAGAAGAGCUAUCAUUGGAGGAUCCCCUACAAGUUGCUUUGACCAAGGAUUCUUCAGAAGGAUAUGUGAGCUCAGAAACCGAGGAAUACAAGAAGCUCCUUGACACCUUCAGACCAGUUCCAAGCAUUCUGAGCAUUGAGGGGUUGGACAGGCCAGUUUGCGAAGUCAUGGCAGAGCAAGCUCAAGGAGAUUGGUCUGAGCUCAAGGCACCUAAAGUCGACCUCAAACCUUUGCCUGAGGGCCUCAGGUAUGCAUUUCUGGGUGAAAACUCAACUUACCCUGUCAUUGUGAACUCUGAUUUGGAACCUGAACAGUUGAGUGCUUUGCUUGUUGAAUUGAGGAAGUACAGAAAAGCAAUAGGUUACACUCUAGAUGAUAUCAAGGGGAUCUCCCCUGACCUAUGCAUCCAUAGGAUUCAUCUAGAGGAUGAAAGUAAGUCUAGCAUUGAACCUCAAAGGAGAUUGAACCCCAAUCUAAAGGAAGUAGUGAAGAAAGAGAUACUCAAGUUGCUUGAUGCUGGGAUAAUCUAUCCCAUCAGUGAUAGCACUUGGAUAUCUCCAGUUCAUUGCGUCCCAAAGAAAGGGGGGAUCACUGUCAUAAAAAUGACAAAGAGGAGCUGA